CAGUGAAGUGUGUAGAAGCUGCUCUGCCUCGUCUCAGCAGUUUUUCCUCAGCAGGUUCCUUCAGGUGUUUCUCGGUUGAUUUGAGUUUCUUCUGAGGUUUUUCAGAAAUAAAACCCCGAGCUGAGCGGCUGAUCCUCCCCGGAUUCAGGUCACGGUUUGUGGGCGUAUCUGAGCCAGAAUGUUGGCUUUUUGCAGCAGAACUGUGUGGAAGGUUGCCAUGGUGAGACCCCGUCCCUUCGUGAGGCCGCGUCACCUGGUGAAGCCCGUCUCUGCCACCCGGGUGGCCGGCAGGUACCUGAGCCACCAGAGGGGGCUGCCGAGCCUGCCGGUGCCCCCGCUGCAGCAGACCUGCGAGCGCUACAUUACGGCCCUGGAGCCCAUCGUGGAGGCGGAGGAGCUGAGCCGGACCCGGCGGCUGGUCCAGCAGUUCCAGGAGGCCGGCGGCGUCGGGGAGCGGCUGCAGAAAGGCCUGGAGAGGCGGGGGAGGGACGCAGAGAACUGGCUCUCCCAGUGGUGGGUCCAGGUGGCCUACCUGGAGUACCGGCUGCCGGUGGUGGUCCACUCCAGUCCAGGCCUGGUUCUGCCCAGGAUGGACUUCAGGGACAAACAAGGACAGAUCAGGUUUGCUUCCAAACUGAUCGCUGGAGUUUUAGACUUCAAGACGAUGAUCGAUAAUGAGACUCUCCCAGUGGAGUUCCUGGGCGGGAAGCCUCUGUGUAUGAACCAGUACUACGAGGUUCUGUCGUCCUGCCGGAUCCCCGGCGUCAGCAGAGACUCUGUGGUGAACCACGCCCGGAGCUCCCAGCCCCCCAAACACAUCACCGUGGUCCACAACUUCCAGUUCUUCCAGCUGGACGUUUACCACAGCGAUGGGACGGCGCUGACUCCAGACCAGCUCUGUGUUCAGCUGGAGAAGAUCUGCAGAGCUUCACCGGAUCCCGGCGCUGAACCUGUCGGUAUCCUGACCACCCAACAUCGAGACGUCUGGGGGAAAUCCUACCUCAACCUGAUCAGAGACCCGACCAACAAAGCGUCGGUGUCGUCCAUCCAGAGGAGCAUCUUCACGUUGUGUCUGGAUGGAUCCACGUCUGGAGCAGCUGGAGAUCAGAGCCGCAGCGCUGCAGCCGUCCAGAUGCUGCAUGGCGGCGGCAGCCGGGGCUACAGCGCCAACCGCUGGUUCGACAAGACGCUGCAGUUCAUCGUGGGAGAAGACGGGACCUGCGGGGCGAACUACGAACACGCGCCGGCUGAAGGCCCGCCCAUCGUGGCGCUGAUCGACCAUGUGGUCGAGUUCACGAGGAAACCGGAGACGUCUUCGUCUCCUGCAGCGUCUCUUCCUGUCCCUCAUAAACUUCCCUUCAACGUCUCUCCAGAGGUGAAGAGGGACAUCGAGGCGGCCAAGGUCAGCAUGGACAGCCUGGCCCAGGACCUGGACAUGCGGGUCUCUGUGUUCGGACACUUUGGGAAAAACGUGCCGAAAUCCCACAGGAUGAGUCCGGAUGCGUUCAUCCAGGUCGGCCUGCAGCUCGCCUUCUACAGGAAGUACCGGCGCUGCUGCGCUACGUAUGAGAGCGCCUCGCUGCGGAUGUUCCGACUGGGUCGCACCGAUACGAUCCGAUCGGCCUCCAACGCCUCGGCUUCCUUCGUUAAGGCCUUCGACGAUCCCAGCAAGCAGAACCUGGAGAAAGUGGAUCUGAUGGAGAAAGCUGUGAAAGCCCACAGAUCGUACACCAACAUGGCGGUCAGCGGGCAGGCCAUCGACAGACACCUGCUGGGCCUGAAGCUGCAGGCGGCCGAGGAGAAGCUUCCCGUCCCCGAGAUCUUCAGAGAUCCAGCCUACGCUAAAGCUCUGCACUACCGACUGUCCACCAGCCAGGUCCCGUCCAAGACGGACUGCGUGAUGUGCUUCGGGCCGGUGGUAACCGACGGUUACGGCGUCUGCUACAACCCAAUGGACGACCACAUCAACUUCGCCGUGUCGGCGUUCAACAGCUGCGGGGAGACGGACGCCGGCGGCCUGGCGGCGGCCGUGGAGGACGCUCUGCUGGACAUGAAGGUUCUGCUGGACCGGACCCCCAGGUCCAAACUGUGACGGCUUCCUCAACCUGCAGGGGGCGCCGCUCUGAUCAGCUCGUCCACCAACACUCUGCACUUUAAGAUCCUCUGAUUCAGAUUAUCACAUGAAGCUCAACAGAAAAAUCAGCUGGAAACGUUUAAAUUCACCAGAAAUGACAAUGAGUUGAUUUAUUUCCUGAAAUAUUCAAAAUGUUUUAUAGGAAUCGUUCAAGUGCUGCAAAAACAAUCAGAUGAAGUUAAUAAUCAGCUGUUGGUCCUUAAACAUUUCACUGCACCUGUUUUUAUAUUUUCUGUUUCAAAUAAUUUAGUUUAAAAAGUCAGAAUGUCUGUUUACCUGAAGCCAGUUUGGUCCAACAUGUUCAUAAACAGUUUGUAAAAAGUUAGUCAAUAAUUAACAGCAAUAAUUUGGGUUAUUUACUUAUUGGAGGAAAUUUUCACCUUAAUAUUUAUUAAUUCCACAGUUUCAAACUAAACAUUGAUCAAAGUGUGAACUACAUAUUUAGUUUGUUGGUUAACCAACAAAUUAUUUAGCUUAGCCGCAUUUUUAGGUUGUAAACUAAACAUUUAGUUAAAUAUUUAGCUCCAAAUAUUUGGAAACUAAAUAUUGAUUUGGCAAGGUAAAUAUUGGUUGGCUAAUUACUUUAUUAGAGAUAAAUGUUUAGUUAUUUAGCUAAAUAAAUAUGUAGCUUCUAAGCUACAUAUUUAAUUUGCCUUGUAACUAUUUACUUUGGAGCUAACAUUUAAAAACAAAUGAAUAAAAGUGAAAAUAUGAUUUUAAAAAGUUUUCCCAAACUUUUUUUUCCUCUUAUAAAAGACUAAAUAAAUUUUUGUUAGUUUUUGUUUGGCUUCAUAUAAAGAGAAAAGUGUUGAGUUGACAGUUUUCUGAUCCAGUUUUACAGUUUUAAGGAAGACUCGACAUCAUGACCUCUGACCUCUGGAGCUCUGCUGGGUUUCUUCAGAACCUGGGAGGAGGUUCUGCCACAGAUUGGACCGGUUUCGGUCCAGUUGUUGUUUUGCUCUGAUUCCUCGCUCAGUUUAAACCAGAUUUAGUUUCAGCUGCUGAUCAUGAAGGUUUCUGUAGUUUUAUAAAAUGUUUACAGCGGCGGCCAUGUUUUCUUCCUGCUGCCAGAUUAAUGCAGCUCAUCUGAAUGAAAACGUUCGUUUAACAAUUUACUGAUAAUUUGUGGGUCAGUUUGUUUAAUGCAACAAUUAUUUUAACUGAAGUAAAUUAAUUUAACAUGAAGCUUGUUUGUGCUUAAAUAAUUGUACAAAUGAACUUUUUACCCUAAAAAUAAAUACAGAAUUUCUUUGUUACUUA